AUGAAGUCAGUAUCGCUUUCUACAUCAUCACUUGAGCAACCAACGCAACCUGUAAGUACUGCAGCUGCGCACACACAUCGCGAAAAAUCGCCACAAGACCAAGUAAAUUUUAUUACCGAGGAGUUUUCCCGAAAAUUGCGCCUCCCAAGAGAAAGGCACCACAUUGAAAUCGAGAGCAUUGGGGACUCGAUAACAAAUAUUAAACACAAGACAUCAGCCACUGUCAAAUCUCGAAUGUGUGACUAUGAGACACCAUUAUCGUUCCAUGUUACCUCGCAAAUCACUUAUCAGCCAGAGGCUGAAUUUAAUAUCACAUCUUGGAACUUACCGGCUAACACUGAACUCGCCGACGAAAAUUUCUUUAAGCCAACACGUGUAGCCCUACUUCACGGCACAGAAAUCUUAUUCGACAUUCUGUCUAUUGGGCAAAUAAAGUUAGCACCUGGGUUACCGUCACUACAGAAGACUUUAUUAGUUGAGGAAUCAGUGGAUGCCAAUUUGCAACGCCUCUGGAAGCUGGAUGAAUCAUCAAAGGCAGACAUGUGGACCACUGAGCAAAGGAAUUGUGAACAAAGUUACAUGCAAACCGUGCAGAGAAACAUCGAGGGGAGAGUUGUUGUCAAGCUACCGUUUAAAGAGGCCCCUCAUUGCCUUGGCCAGUCGUACGCAACUGCACUUCGAAGAUUUGUUGCUCAGGAGCGGCGUAUAAUGCACUGUCCUGACCUUCACCAACGAUACAUCGCAUUUAUGGAAGAGUAUUCCCGCCUUGGGCAUAUGAGCAUCGUUAAAAAUGUGGAUUUCGAUAAUCCACAUUACUAUGUGCCUCAUCAUUAUGUCCUGAAGCCAACUAGCACAACAACUAAGCUCUGGGUAGUAUUCGAUGCCUCCUGCAAGAGUACAACCCAAAGAUCACUCAACGAUAUUCUUGAUGUGGGGCCUACUCUGCAGAACGAUCUAUACAUCUUGCUACUACGGUUUCGAUUACAUCGUUACACACUUACUGCUGAUAUCGUAAAGAUGUACAGACAAAUUUUGGUGCAUAAAAACGAUCGCAAAUUCCAAUACAUCUUAUGGAGAAGUACGCCCCACGAUGAAAUACGCACUUACCAGUUAAGCACGGUAACAUAUGGUACGGUGUCUGCUCCUUAUCUCGCUGUACAGAGCCUCAAUUACAUUGCUGAUGCAUACGAAUCGGAUUAUGCUCUCGGUGCCAGCACAAUUAAAACGUCAUUCUACGUUGACGAUCUUUUAUGCGGUGCCGAUACUCUGGCAGAGCUAUCGCGAAUUAAAUACGAAGUCACGGAUAUACUGAGGCGUGGUUGUUUCCCCUUGGCGAAGUGGCAUUCAAACCAGCAUAAAUUUCGAGAAGGUGACACCAUGAAAGAUUUAAAUAUCGACGAAAGUUUUACAACGAGCACUUUAGUCGAAACAACCUGUGAAUGGACGUGGAACUAA